AGCACCAGCCUUGAGGCUGUCUCAGCACUGGGAAUGCCAAUUGUGCAGUUUGUGGAAGACAGAAUCCAGACCACGAUGCUGACUGGGAUGGUGAUUGGAGCCGCCGUGGCCUUGCUGCUCAUAGCCGUGGUGGUGUUUGUUGUGUACAGAAGAGUGAAACGAUCCAAGCAACUUCAGCCCCAUGUGCCUCAGUACAGGUUCCGCAAGAGAGACAAGGUGAUGUUCUACGGGAGGAAGAUCAUGAGGAAGGUCACAACUCUUCCCAACUCCCUGGUGGGGAACACUCUGCCUCGCCAAAGGAUGCGCAAGAGGGCCAAGGUUUUGUCUUUGGCUAAAAGGAUCCUGCGCAUUAAGAAGGAAAGUCCAACUCUGCAGCCCAAGGAGCCCCCUCCCUCCCUCCUGGAGGCAGACCUGACUGAAUUUGAUGUGAAGAAUUCCCAUUUGCCAUCAGAAGUUCUCUACAUGCUUAAAAAUGUUAGGGUCCUUGGCCACUUUGAGAAGCCUCUUUUCCUGGAGCUGUGCAAGCACAUGGUUUUUGUGCAGCUGCACGAAGGGGAAUACAUCUUCCGUCCCGGGCAGCUGGACAACAGCAUCUACGUGGUGCAGGAUGGCAAGCUGGAAGUCUGCAUCCAAGAGAGUGAUGGAACAGAGAUGGUUGUGAAGGAAGUGCUGGCAGGAGACAGUGUCCACAGCCUGCUGAGCAUCCUGGAUGUCAUCACGGGCCACCCUGCUCCCUAUAAAACCGUCUCAGCCCGAGCAGGCUCUCCCUCCACCAUCCUGCGACUGCCAGCCAGUGCCUUCCAAGAUGUCUUCAACAAAUACCCUGAGACCCUCGUCAGGAUGGUGCAGAUCAUCAUGGUGAGGCUGCAGAGAGUGACCUUCCUCGCCCUGCACAACUACCUUGGGCUGACUACUGAGCUCUUCAGCUAUCAGAGCCAAGCCCCCCCCCCCACCUCUGUCAGCAGUGUCACAGCUGGAGGCAGCUCAAGCAAAGCAGUCAGAAGGCAGCUGCUGAAUGUGGCUGAGGAGGAUCGUGGAGAGAAGCUGGAGAAGCCUGGAGAGGCUCUGGAAAUGGACUCGCUGAAGGCUUCUGGCCCGGAGAGCUCCGAGCACGUGUUCAGAAGAAGCCUUUCCUCACCCCCCUGUGCUGGCUCUGCUGAGCCUGCUGGUAACUGCAGUGGUGCCAAGUCAGACAUGGACAUGGCCUAUGAAAGGGCCAGAGUGCACUUUGGCUCAGAGGAUGCUGCCAGCAGCCCUGUGGUGGGCAAGUCCAUACUGAAGAAGACUGUGACAGUGACAGGAACUCCUUCAGCAGUUUUCCACUACAGUGCUGUGCAGGAUUCCUGUAACAGCAAACACAUUGAUGCCAUCUUUGAAGCAGCCAAGAAGGACCUUUCAGCCUUGAUGAAGCUUGAUGAUCCUUCCUUGUUGAAUGGCAAAGUGACCCUGCACCAGGUUACUGCUGGGACUGUGCUGUCCAGGCAAGGAGAUCAGGAUGUUAAUGUUUGCUUUGUGGUCUCUGGGAUGCUUCAUGUGUACCAAAGGAAGAUAGACUCAGAGGAGGACACCUGCCUGUUCAUCACCCACCCAGGGGAGCUUGUAGGCCAGCUGGCUGUGCUGACUGGGGAGCCACUGAUCUUCACCAUCAAGGCCAAUCGAGACUGCAGCUUCCUCUCCAUUUCCAAGUCCCAUUUCUAUGAGAUAAUGCGGGAGCAGCCCAGCGUGGUGCUCGGCGUGGCCCACAGCGUGGUCAAGAGGAUGUCUCCGUUUGUCAGGCAGAUUGACUUUGCCCUGGACUGGAUGGAGGUGGAGGCUGGAAGAGCUGUUUACAGGCAAGGGGACAAGUCAGACUGCACCUACAUCGUGCUGAACGGGCGGCUGCGCUCCGUCAUCCGCAUGGACGAUGGCAAGAAGCACCUGACCGGGGAGUACGGCCGGGGGGACCUCAUCGGCGUGGUAGAGGCCUUGACCCACCAGCCUCGAGCCACCACCGUGCACGCCGUCAGGGACUCCGAGCUGGCCAAGCUCCCGGAGGGAGCUCUGACGUCCAUCAAACGCAAAUUCCCCCAGGUUGUGACCAGACUGAUUCAUUUGCUGGGGGAGAAGAUUCUGGGCAGUCUUCAGCAGGGAGGUCAUCCUCUGGGCCUGCACAGCUCCAGCAGCAAGUGGGAUGCUGGAAAUCCUGCCAGCAACCUCUCCACAGUGGCCAUCAUGCCAGUGUCUGAGGAGGUGCCACUGACAGCCUUCACCCUGGAGCUCAAGCAUGCCCUGAGUGCUGUGGGUCCUGCUUUGCUGCUCACCAGUGACAACAUCAAGCAGCGGCUUGGGUCUGCUGCGCUGGACAGCAUCCAUGAGUACCGCCUGACCAGCUGGCUGGGGCAGCAGGAGGACAUCCACCGCAUCGUGCUCUACCAGGCCGACAGCAGCCUCACGCCCUGGACCCAGCGCUGCAUCCGCCAGGCCGACUGCAUCCUCAUCGUGGGCCUGGGGGACCAGGAGCCCACCGUGGGAGAGCUGGAGCGGAUGCUGGAGAACACGGCGGUGCGUGCCCAGAAGCAGCUGAUCCUGCUGCACAGGGAGGACGGACCUCUGCCCUCCCGCACCGUGGAGUGGCUCAACAUGAGGAGCUGGUGCUCUGCUCACCUGCACCUGCACUGCCCACGCAGGGUCUUCUCCAGAAGAAGCCUGCCCAAGCUGAUCGAGAUGUACGAGCGAGUGUUCCAGAAGCCCCCGGACCGGCACUCCGACUUCUCGCGCCUGGCUCGCGUCCUGACCGGCAACGCCAUCGCGCUGGUGCUCGGCGGCGGAGGGGCAAGGGGCUGCUCCCAGGUGGGGGUCAUCCGGGCGCUGAUCGAGGCGGGCAUCCCGGUGGACAUGAUCGGCGGCACCUCCAUCGGCGCCUUCAUGAGCGCCCUGUACGCCGAGGAGCGCAGCUACAACCAGAUGAGGAUCAAAGCCAGGCAGUGGGCCAUGGCCAUGAACUCAGUGAUCAGGAUCUUCCUGGACCUGACUUACCCAAUCACCUCCAUGUUCUCCGGCGCAGCUUUCAACAAGAGCAUCAACAGCAUCUUCAAGGACAAGCAGAUAGAGGACCUGUGGAUUCCCUACUUCACCAUCACAACUGACAUCACUGCCUCAGCCAUGAGGAUCCACACAGACGGCUCUCUCUGGAGGUAUGUCCGUGCCAGCAUGUCCCUCUCUGGCUACAUGCCUCCUCUCUGUGACCCCAAGGAUGGACAUCUCCUGAUGGAUGGAGGCUACAUCAACAACCUUCCAGCCGACGUUGCCAGGUCCAUGGGCGCCAAGGUGGUGAUCGCCAUCGACGUGGGCAGCCGCGACGAGACCGACCUCACCAACUACGGCGACUGCCUGUCCGGCUGGUGGCUGCUCUGGAAGAGGUGGAACCCCCUGGCUCAGAAAAUCAAGGUGCUGAACAUGGCGGAGAUCCAGACGCGCCUGGCCUACGUGUGCUGCGUGCGGCAGCUGGAGAUGGUGAAGAGCAGCGACUACUGCGAGUACCUGCGGCCGCCCAUCGACCGCUACCGCACCCUCGACUUCGGCAAGUUCGACGAGAUCUGCGAAGUGGGAUACCAGCAUGGGAAAACUGUCUUCAAUGUCUGGUGCAGGACUGGAGUCCUGGAGAAGAUGCUGAGAGACAGGCAAGAGACCUGCAAAUCCAAAACUGAUAACCUGACCUGUCCCACCACCUCCUUCACAGACCUGGCAGAAAUCGUCUCCAGGAUCGAGCCGGUGAAGGCCGCGGUGGCGGACGAUGAGUCAGACUACCAGACUGAGUACGAGGAGGAAGUCCUGGGCAGCCAGAAGGAUGACUACAUUGAUUUCAUCAGCAGCCAGGUGGAGGAGGACUCUGACUCGGAUGAAGACAUGCAGCUGAGGAAGCGCAGGAACCUCCCCAAGGCAGAGGCCCAGGCCGGCAGCACAGGGGAGCCAGGCUAGGCUCAGCAGAUCCAGCCUGGG